UUUGAGGACAUAUCUUUUAAUUCGUAUCUACCAAACUUGGCUAAACUUUACUUAACUAACAAUCUUAUAACAUCUAUAAGCCAGCAUUCGUUUCGUGCUUUGGAUAAUUUACGUUACAUUAAUUUAAACGCAAACAACAUCAGUUUUGUUCAUAUGAAAUCUUUUGAGGGUUUGAAGAAAUUGAGUUACUUAAUUUUGAGUGACAAUCCUAUAGAGAUAUUUGACGGUGUUAGCACAACCUCCAGCAACCUUAACUGUUGUUCGUAUCUAACUGCUCUAUCGUUAUCUGGAAAUUUAAUCUCAGACAUUCCGCAGUUCAUUUUUGACAAACUAAGCAAGUUAGAAACUUUGGAAUUGAAUUUUAACAAACUAAAAAUAAUUCGUGAGGGUAGUUUCAGGGGUCUCCAUAAUUUGAAAUCACUUUACAUGUCUAAUAAUGACAUUUACGCAAUAGAAAACAAUGCUUUUGUAGAUUUGCCAUCGUUAGGUACUUUAAAUUUAGCAAACAGUUUCAUUGACCAUGUUUUGCUUCAUGAAAAAAGGUUGAACCUCGAAAAGUUGAUAAUGACCGACUCAAACCUGGAAACGAUAUCCGGGCAAUCGGUUCGAAGUCUUGAGAGAAUAAAAAGUGUCCAACUAACAAGUGACAGC